AUAGCCACACGACAUCUCUGCACUCUGGAGCAUGGCAUCAGGUGACGGGGCGCCGGUGACCCGGCCUGACCGAUCCCCGGCACUCCGGCCGGCCUCAACGUAAAAACGACAUCACGAUGAACUUCCCACCACCUGAAAGAUCGCGGAGUGGACAGCAGACACCCAGACAACUCCCUCGCGUGUGUAACGACUACAACCGCAGGGGAGGAUGUACCCGCGCCAAUUGCCAGGAACUGCACUUGUGCACAUACUUCCUUCAAAACAGAUGCACCGCCGAGCGAUGCAACAAGGCCCACGAGCUGGAGACGCCCAGAAACAUCCUGCUGCUCGAGGGUCUGGGAUGGAAAGGUUCGGACGAUCUGGCUCUGGCGCUGGACACUCUCCGCGAGCGGGCUCGAAUUCCGCAGGUCGGCGUCUGCUUCAGGUACAUCUUGGACAGGUGCCCUGACGACAGUGAAUGUAAAUACUUGCACCUCUGCUACCGUUAUGCAAAGGAUACCUGUCCGCUGGGUCAGAAUCGCUGCUUAUACAACUUCAGUCACGACCUGGUGCACGACAAGCACAACGCAGACCUUCUGACCAGAUUCGGUCUAUACGACACCCCUUUGACAGAGAUCCGCAGCAGACUGAAGGAGAAGAUGCGCCACACGCCGCUCGAGCCGCAGCUCUGCAACCACACAAAGGACUGCAAAGGAAACUGCCUGCGACUACACUACUGCGAGGUGAACCUCUACGCUCACUGCAGGCACGGAGACCGGUGCUUCAAAGGUCACAGCCUGAAGAACGAGCACAACCGGCGGGUGCUGAAAUACUUUGACUGGACGGAGGAUUACGCGCUGAAAGAGCUGAAGAAAAGAGGCCGCAGGUCAGCUUCUCGGUCAGAAGGGGCUCGAACUCCGACAGAACAGGACAGCGAAGACGAAUGGUCCGACCAACAGGACCUCUGCGAAGGAUCGCAGCCGGGACCGAGUGCCGAGACGCGUGUCAGAAGGGAUAACAGCAUUGAGGAGGUCGCAAAUUAUGACGAUUUACUUGACUCGUCGAACAGCUCGUGGGAACAGGAAGACAACACCCCGAACAAACUGCAGGAGAGGCAGAGAAAGCUGAAGGUGCAGCUGAACGAGGUGGAACGUCAGAUGCGUAAUGAUAAGCGUAGACCGGGGACGAGCAAAAGACAGACAGCCUUAAGCGGCCAAAGUGCGAACAAGAAAAGUAGGAAGUAGGAUUAAGGGCAAUAGCAGAAAGAGAAUCACAGGAAAAGAGAUGAUGGAAAGCUAUGCAAAACUUCGAUCAUCAAAGCAGUGAUGAAGAUGAUGAUUUGUUGUUUUAGGGCGAAGACUAUACAUAUCUAUUAUUCAGCAAAUCAAGGUUAAUUAUCAACGGCAGAUUGCCAGUAGGUAUGCAGAUCUUGGUGAAAGAGCGAAAGGAUAAAGAUCAAGAGCGAGCGAUCAAAAUAAAAAGAGAGGACCUAAAAAAGCAACUUAAAUAAAUUACGGAACUCCGAGCACCAAAUCAGAAUCAGGUUAAAUACGUGGAAACAGCGUCUGCCUCGGCACCUUCGUUGAGCCAAUGACCCUGGAGAGUGCCCACACAUUCUGUAACAACCAUGCAUAGAAAACACACCGAGACCUGCCGAAGCGAUAUGCUCUCUGGCACACCACCCGCUCGCCAACGACCUUCUUGUGGCCACUGUCUGCUCUGCCGCCAGGUGACAAGCAUACAGGUCCCCAGUCUGGUUUCCAAAAACAUAGCCGACACCUUCUCCGGCGAUCAGCAGCGAGGGGCACCAGCGGCGCCGGCACCAGAAGAACGGCAAGGAGACCACAACCUGUCCGGUUUGUGAAUUCUUGAGGCGGGACAUUUGGUUCGCUUACGGCGUAAGUUGGAGAACGUAACUCAUGGAGACUGAGGGGCAGGCAUAAGUGUGUCAUCUGUCACCGUGUGGCAGUUCAACGAUAGAUUCUGCACAAUCCUGACAGACUUUAUGACAAAUGAUGCCCAGCACGAGGUCUCAAAGUACAUGCUACCGCCUACCACUAAUCCAAUUUCGGGCGUUUGACCUGACCUUGACCCAAACAUGCGAGUUCCCAGCUUGGCACAACUAAAAACAUCGCCGGUUGCUUUGUUGAUAUCCACAAUUGGACUUACGAGGAAGACAGCGGUGUCUGGACUCUGGAAUCAGUGCCGACCAAACGCACCACGCUAACGCGUCGGCGUCAGUGACGGAGGUCCUGUCCUGAUCAACGGCUUGACCUUCCAUGUGACAGUGAGCUGCCUGACCUGCCUCAGGAACGGUGCCUGACCUAACCGACAUGUCACCACUCACCCGACGCCCACGAGAGUACGGCCGGGCUCUGGACAGGACUGUUUGAGAUCGACCUCAGGUAGCGUCGGGAGUGCUGGCAGGUGGCGUUCUGAUGCUGGUGGAAGUCAGUAGUCACACUCCUCUACCCGUGCCGCAUUCAUCCGCUGGAUUCCACAAGGUUUCCUAGUAGUGUUGUUUGAGAGUUGUGCGCAAUGUGCUGAGCUAUUAUCUAGAUUGGAAAGAAUGAACCAUAUCACAAUGAUUAAUAUGUGCCCUACAAAAUAAAUGCAAAUGUUGAUUGAA